CGCGCGCCGCGCCUGCGCAGCGCGGCCGAGCAGGGAGGGCGGGGGCGCCCGGGGCGCGCAGCUAGCCGGCUGAGGGGCUGUGGCGGCCGCGGCGGGCAACAUGGACAACGCCGGGAAGGAGCGUGAGGCGGUGCAGCUGAUGGCGGAGGCCGAGAAGCGAGUCAAGGCCUCCCACUCCUUCCUCCGAGGGCUGUUUGGUGGAAACACAAGAAUAGAAGAGGCAUGUGAAAUGUACACCAGAGCUGCAAAUAUGUUCAAGAUGGCUAAAAAUUGGAGUGCUGCAGGGAACGCAUUUUGUCAGGCAGCCAAGCUCCACAUGCAGCUUCAGAGCAAACAUGACUCUGCAACCAGCUUUGUGGAUGCUGGAAAUGCUUACAAAAAGGCAGACCCGCAAGAGGCUAUCAACUGCUUAAAUGCAGCCAUCGACAUUUACACAGACAUGGGAAGGUUUUCGAUUGCAGCCAAGCACCAUAUCACUAUUGCAGAGAUCUAUGAGACUGAACUUGUGGACAUUGAGAAGGCUAUUGCACAUUAUGAACAAUCUGCUGAUUAUUACAAAGGAGAAGAAUCCAACAGCUCAGCUAACAAGUGUCUGCUGAAGGUGGCAGCAUAUGCCGCCCAGCUUGAGCAGUACCAGAAAGCCAUCGAGAUCUAUGAGCAGGUUGGGGCAAACACAAUGGAUAAUCCUUUGUUGAAGUACAGUGCAAAGGAUUACUUCUUCAAAGCAGCCCUCUGUCACUUCAUAGUGGACGAGUUGAAUGCCAAGCUUGCUCUUGAGAAGUAUGAGGAAAUGUUUCCAGCAUUUACUGAUUCAAGAGAAUGUAAAUUAUUGAAAAAACUUCUAGAGGCUCAUGAAGAACAGAACAGUGAAGCUUAUACUGAAGCAGUGAAGGAAUUUGACUCAAUAUCUCGCUUGGAUCAGUGGCUAACCACCAUGUUGCUUCGUAUCAAAAAGUCCAUCCAAGGGGAUGGAGAAGGAGACGGAGACCUAAAAUGAAAAGUCUCUAUCUUUGUGGCAUGUAGCUAACUCCUCUUUAGUUUUGUCUUAGGGCUAAGUGAUCUUUAUGGGAUGCCCAUUUAAUGGCUUAAUUUUGUUGCAUAUGAGCCAAAUGGCCCGUGUAUUGUUUAAGCUCACUGUGUCUGUGUUGCUGUGGAACGGAUGAAGGGAGGCUUCUGUUUACCUGUGGUUGUGAUGGGCUGUUUUGUGCUUAUCAGAACCCCUAGUGUUUUCUGAGAAUUACUUCAGAAUCUCAUUCCUAUUACUUUGAUAUUUUCAGGGCCCAUGUUUAAUGUUGCCACAUUUUUAUGUUCUUUUCCUUGGACUGGAGUACCCAGCCUAGUUCUAAUAGAUGCUUUCUUUGCAUUUUCUCUAUACGUUGGUAUCUGGAUGUUUUCUUUAAAUGCGUGAGUUUACUUUUAGGACAAUUAGGAAUGAGUUUAUAACUGCAUUAGAAAUCAUUUAUAUUUUUGUUUUCCUGUGAUUAUUUUGAUUGUAUUAGUGACAAGUUUCUUUGCUUUUCAUAUUAUUCUGUAUGCUAACAUGUAUGUGCAUGACAAAAAUUUAUAGCAGCCAAGGUCUGUCGUUAUCACAUUUUGAGGAAAAGCACUUCCUAGUAGCACUUUUUGUGUGUGUGUAUGAAUGUCAAGGUGGAUUCAAUUGACUUACCCUUAAACCCAUACUCACACAUGCACACAAACAAAUCAUAACAUCUAUUAGAAACGAAAUUUUCCCUUUCCCUGGAGACAGUUUCCACUUUUAGUGGGAGUGGAAAGCCCUUUCUUUAUAUUUGCAUAUGAGUGUUUUAAUUGGCACAUCCUGCUAUUUAUUUUCAUGUUCAUACACUUUCCCACAUUGAGCUGGUAUCUUCUGUGCCAUGGUCAUAUAAAUUUUGAUCAGGGCUGGAUAGAUUAAGUCAAGCUUGAGAAUGUAUGUAAUUAAUUUAUUCAUUUAUUGAACUUAAUGAGUUAGGUGGGGGUAAAGUAUGAUACAGGAGUUUACUUUUUGACCAAUUGGGCAAGAACCCUAACUGCUUCUGAGGGUAUUUGAUCUUCCUCUUAGGUUGUGUGUUUGAACUUUGUCCUUGUAUUUCUGUUUACAUAAGUAUGUAUGCUCUCUUGAUUUGUGAAUUUGAUCCUCCCUAUUAUUUUAUAUGCUGAUAUUGUACUUUAGACAUGGUCUUAUUUCCUGAAUUUCCUGUGUGUAUAUUUUAUAGUUAAAUGAUUUUUGACAUGCAUUUAUUAAAAGUAGGAUGCAGUGGCAUGCACCUGUAAU